AUGUUAGCCUAUUUUUCACGUCUUGCCACUAGUCAGCAUUUUGUUUACAGCAUGGACUCGUUCGCUGGUCUGGGGUUUUCAGGAAGUAAACGCACGGACAAGCUUUCCCUUGCCGAGCAAUUGAAGAAUGCGGAGCAGGCGAAAGCCAACGCUCGUGCUCAGCAGGCAAACGAGUGGGACAGUCUGUUCGGAGGAUCAUCGGCCUCAGCCUCACCGGCACCUUCACAGCAGCCGUCUACAGUGGGACACACACCGCCGCUUGCUAGCGGGGGAUCCAAAGCACAAUCAAGUUUGUUGGAUGAAUUUGAUGUUUUCAACAGUGCAAAGCCUGCCGCUCCCUCACAACCCACUAACGACAAGCCAAGCCGUGCUCAGGUAGCAGAGGGCAGCACAGGUUCCGGAUCCACCUUUGACUCGAAGCCAAGGCGGCCACAACAAGAUUUUGAUUCGCAAAUGCAGCCACAGCGCGAGCAAGUGCCGCGCCAACCUCAACGCGAACCACAACGCCAACCUCCACGCCAACCGUCCCGCCAAGCAUCACGCUCUGAUGCAGACAGCGCCGAAGAUGCCAAUAUUGCCCAGUUAGUCGACAUGGGGUUCGAUGCUGAAGUUGCUCGAAAGGCUCUCCGUGCUAUGAAUGGGGAUGUUCGGGGUGCGGUGUCUUACAUUAUGGCUGAUGCUCAAGGUAUGCCGCUACCAGAGCCUCGCCGAUCAACCCAGGAUUACGACGUUAGUGCCUUAGCUACAGAAUUUGGGACGACAGUUUUGGCUAAGGCAUCGUCAAUGUGGUCUUUUGGCAAAAAGCACAUUGCAAAAGCUGUGGCUGAAUACCAGGGAGGUGGAAGCUCGCGGGGCUCUAUGGAUGGCAGCCCUGCUUGGAUGAGGGAUGCCGAAAAGUAUCGAAACCGAGCACCGUCUCCUCAAAGCACGCUUCCAGAUUCCUCAUCAUCAUCACAGUCUCUGCCUUCUUCACGCAAGUUCACAAGUGAUGAUGCCAUGCCGACACGCCCAUCUCGGGCUCAAGCAUUUAGAGAGAAGCGAGCAGCAUUAGCCACAAAUCCUGGCUCUCCUAAGGUGCCUGCAUCGCCAAGCCUGGCUUCUGGAGCAUCGCCAAGCCUAGCUUCUGGAGCAUCACCAAGCCCAGUUGCAGAUUCUCCUAGCGUACCACCUGCAGCUUCUGUCCCUAAUGUUGAUUUGCUGGACUUGGACGGUCCCCCUUCCGCUCCGGCCUCCACCAUGGACAUUUUCAGUGCUUCACCCGCUCCAUCAACCUCAUCCAAACUCAGUGGAAACACCUCUAAUCAUCGAGAAAAUGGACUUCAAGCAUACAAACGAGGCGAUUAUGCCGAGGCUGUUGAGCAUUUCGACUUGGUUCUAAGUGGUCUUGCUGCCAACGACAUUUUGCGUUCGCUCAUAUAUUCAAACCGAGCGGCUUGUAAUCUCAAGUCGGGUAAUUUUCGUGAAGCUCUAAACGACACACAGCAGGGCCUUCGCCUUCUACCCCAGGGUAAACUGAGCGGCGUGGAGGUUGAAAAGGGGAAAACCGCACAAGAAAUCUGGUCAAAGCUUGUGCUGCGUCAGGCUGAAGCUCUGGAGCAUGCUGAAAGAUACCAAGAAGCUGGACAGGCUUAUCAGCAGCUGCUAGAUAACGGAUUUGCCUCACAUACGGUUUUGACCGGUCGAAGACGGUGUCAAAAGGCACUGGACCCCGAACUUGAAGCGAAAGCAGCACCACCGCCGGAGAAAAAGAGUCAACGACGUAAGUGGAACACAACAGGUGAGCCGACCAGUGCAGCAGGUAAGGCUGCCUUGCAAAAAGUGCGCGAUGAGCAUAAGCGACAAGCUAAUCUCGAGGCGGAACGGGACGGUCUCCGUGACGUUGUUACCCAGCGUAUUGACGCCUGGAAGACAGGCAAAGAAGAUAACCUGCGGGCACUUCUUUCGUCACUCCACACCGUCCUCUGGGCCGACUCUGGCUGGCAGCCGGUCGGUCUCCAUGAUCUUGUUUUAACUAAAAAGGUUCGAGUCGUGUAUAUGAAGGCGGUUGCUCGGACGCAUCCUGAUAAAGUGCCCUCGUCUGCAUCUACAGAGAUUAAAAUGAUCGCCCAAGGCGUCUUCGUGGCUAUAAACAAAGCUUGGGAUACAUUUAGAACCGAAAACGGUUUAUAG